CGCCGUGCCCCGCCCCUCCCGCCGUGCCCCGCGGCCGGAAGUCGCGCGCGGCGCAGGGAGACGUGGCGGUGGCGGCGGGACCGGAGCGCGAUGGUGACGGACGUGCAGCUCGCCAUCUUCGCCAACAUGCUGGGCGUGUCGCUGUUCCUGCUCGUCGUGCUCUACCACUACGUGGCCGUCAACAACCCCAAGAAGCAGGAGUGAGCCCCGGCAGCGGCGGCGGGGAGGCUCGGGCCAUGGGGCAGCGGCACCGGGAGCGGGAGCGGCACCGGGAGCGGGAGCGGCACCGGGAGCGGCACCGGGAGCGGGGUGCAGCCGGCGCGGCGCCGCGCUGACGGAGGAGACGCCGCCUUUUCCAAACCAGCUUUUACCAGAAACACGAUCGUACCAGACA